AUGGCCGCUCCUUGGGCAAACGUGCCCAGCCACGAGCAAUACUUCGUCUUGAUCACAGGUGCCAACAGCGGUGUUGGCCUUGCCAUAUGCCAGCGCAUGAUCGACGACUUCCUGGCGACGCGAUCACUGCACUCCCACUUAAUCCUGAUACCCACAACGCGAAGCGCAAAGAAGUCCAGCGAGGCGAUCCAGAAUAUCCGCUCAUACCUCGCCAAAACAGCAAAGUCUAAGAGGCUCGCUUCACGGACGGGAUUCGGUUACUAUCCUCAGUGGGCUACAGACCGGGUCCAUGUCGUAUCUAUCGAGCUGGACCUCUGCAAAUUACCUACCAUUUACAAAGCAGCCAGCAGACUCGUCAACGGAGACGUGAGGGACCCAACAGGAGUUGUCGCAAAUGGCGACGCCCUCUCUAUACCUCGCCUCGACGCCGUCAUAUUCAACGCCGGCUAUGGUGGAUGGUCAGGCCUGGAUUGGUCGCUCUUCAUCAGACAGACUUUCACCGAUGGACCAGCGCAGGCCUACACAUUUCCUAUUUUCAAGGCUGCCUUGCCGAGCAGCACACUACCACCUCAAGACAUCACCGGAGAGAAGGGCCCUGAGUCUCAGCCUGCGCUCGCCGAGGUCUUCACCGCAAAUCUCUUCGGACACUACUUACUGGCACACCAACUGCUUCCGCUUCUAUCUCGAUCCCGCGACGCAGCAGAGCCCGCCGGCCGCAUAGUGUGGACUUCUAGCAUCGACGCCGAAGAGCGCCACCUCUCGAUGGAUGACAUGCAAGGCUUCCACUCCGCCGCACCCUACGAGAGCAGCAAGCGCGUCACAGACCUGAUCAGCCUCACGGCCGACCUACCGAGCGUCCAAAAGGUCUCGGCCUCGUACUUCAACACUCCCCACCUGUCGCCCGCCCAGCAGGAGAAGAAGCCGCGCUUCUACCUCACGCACCCCGGCAUCGUAUGCACGCCCCUCUUCCCCCUUAACGCCUUCCUCUACUUCUGGUACUACGUCGCCAUGUACCUAUGCCGCUAUCUCGGCUCGCCCUGGCACGUCGUCGAGACGUACCUGGCUGCUUGCUCCGCCGUGUGGGUCGCGCUGGCAACUCAGGAAGAACUCGACUCGCUGCACGCUCACCGGGUGAAAUGGGGUUCUGCCUGCGACCGUCUGGCCAACGCCGCGCCCAAGAAGAGCGAAGUCGAAGGCUGGGGCUGGGAGGGCAAGGUGGAGGAUGCGGAGGCCAUCAGGAGUGACACGGCCGAGGGCAUACAGAGGAAGCUGACGGGCCGCAAGCGGGAUGCUGUCGAGCUAACCGAGGAGAAGAUAAUCAGGUUCGAGGAAGAUGCCGUGGCGUGCUGGAAGGAGCUGGAGAGCCUGAGGGGUCAGUGGGAGGGUAUCCUCGGGGCGGAGGGGAGAGAGGACCAGAAGAUGGCUAGUGAGCAGCUCUGGGGUGGUUCACGGUGA